AUGAGAUGCAACACGUUCAAAGAGUGCGUUAAGAUCAUUGUUACCGGAUUUUUCAGGUUCCUUAAGCUUCUCAAUUUCAGCCACUUUAUGCUUACAGCAGAUGUAAGACUUGGCAGAAUCGAGAAUCUUGAGAAGCGCACCGACAUUAGUUGUAUAAGCCUUGUCAAUAGCCUCUGCUAUCAAUUUUUUCAAAGCUUUGGCCAACUGCUCAAGACCAUUACCAUCUCCACCACGCCUCACCUGUAUCAGCCAGUCGAUGGCCUCCCGGAGGUUCUCCGGGCAGUCAAAUCGAGAGACCACGAUGUGAUUGAUCGUAUGGAAUUGCAUAUGCAAUUCGAGGCUGCAGACCCCGACUCCUGCGAAAAUGCUGUUAGCGCCAGUUAG